AUGAAAAUAGAUCAAUACAUUAGUUAUUUAAAAGAAUGGAGUCAUCUAUCAAAUAUUACUACAUUGUUUGAUAGUACAACAGACGAAUUAACUGCAAGAAAUGUUUAUAGUAUAAUCAGUGGAAAAACAAAUAUUUAUUUUAUUGUUGAAGAUAGUUUUGGAAAUAUAUUUGGAUCAUAUCACAAGUAUAUUCCACAACAAGAUGAGAUGGUAGGAUAUGAAAAAGACCCAAAUCAUUUUGUUUUUACUUUACAUAACCCACAUAAUAUUAAACCUUCAAAAUAUGAACCAAAUAAAAAUAAUAAUGAUAUUAUUCACACCUAUUAUAAUUACGAUAUUAAUAAUGUUCUUAAUAUUCAACAUGCUUAUGGAAUAACAAGUAAUUCUAAAGUAUUUAUAUAUGAAUCUAUUAUUAAUUAUUAUAUUAAUAUUCCACAUAAUGAUCCACGGUUAUUUACUAAUACAGUUAAUUGUUUUAUUAAUAUGACAAGACUUAUAAUCAUUGAAAUGAAUUAA